AUGGUCGUGAAUGCAGAUAGAACUUUCAACAACAGCAACAUUAAAUCUUACGUGAUGGAGAGAGCGAAAGAGCCCGGCGCAACAAACAUGAUUUCGGAGGCGCUCGUUGCACACUUGCUGAAGAUUGCGCAAGAGGCGACGGAGGCAGUCUCCGCCACUUCGCGGUCUUCAACUCUGCUGAUGGAGAAUGGCACUCGGUGUGGUGAGCAAAUUCUGAACUACGACAAGAUGGAGAAGGUAUUUAUUGGAGGGUUACUCACCAUGCUCACGCUGUUAACUAUCUGCGGGAACUUGCUGGUGGUGAUUUCGGUGUGCUUUGUGAAGAAGUUGCGGCAGCCGUCCAACUAUCUGAUCGUGUCUCUGGCGGUUGCCGACCUUUCAAUCGCGCUGGCAGUUAUGCCGUUUGUCAGUAUAACGGACCUUAUUGGGGGGCAAUGGGUUUUUGGCCAAGUCUUCUGCAAUGUUUUUAUCGCCAUGGACGUGAUGUGUUGCACUGCAUCCAUAAUGACGUUGUGCGUAAUUAGCAUAGACAGGUAAGUGUAAUUCCAACGCCUUUUACCUACAUAGAAGGACACGUGUACUGUUUGUGUAGUGUGACAAGGUGAAAGCCGGUUUGUUAUGAUUGUUAAUUAUGCAUUUAGUUGUUAAAUUGAGUCCUACAUUUCUGUUUAGUGUUUUGUGCACAGGUACUUGAUGUAAUCGUGUUUUAUAAGCCCAUACGGGCUCGGCACCAAUUGGUGUGGGCUACUAAAUUAAAUAAAGAAUAAAUAAACAAAUUAACAUCGAUAUUUUCAUAGUGAAUUAAGUGGGUAACCCGCUUGCCUCCAAAACCAUAUGUUUACCCCCUGCAGUUCGAUCCCCCGCAUGAGCCUAUAAGCAUUUUUGCCGGUCCCUCUACUGUCUCUCUGCUUCUGCUUCUACCCUCUCAUAAAACAUAACAAAACACUUAAGGAGUUCGGAAUUCCAUUCUCCUUUGAAAAGAUAGUAUAGCUUAGCCCUAGUAGCAGGCUACGUUAUAAUAAUAUUGUUAUACAGUGUCUUAUUAUAAUUGCUAAUAGUUAUUUUGGGGUGAAUAACUCCCCAGUGUUUGUUUUCUGUUGGAAGUUGUUUGCUGUUCAUGCAAUGUAUGUACAGUUAGUAUGUUCUGAAUGUAUAAACAGCUUAUGUUUAGCAGCUAAUUAAUUAUAUGCUUUUUUGUUGUUCGUUCUGAGGUACCUGGGCAUAACCAAGCCUCUGACCUAUCCUGUGAGGCAGAAUGGCUGUUGCAUGGCCAAGAUGGUGGUGUCCGUGUGGCUCCUCUCCGCCUCCAUCACCCUGCCCCCCCUCUUCGGCUGGGCCCAGAACGUCAACGACAACAAGGUGUGUCUGAUUAGCCAGGACUUUGGUUACACCAUCUACUCCACCUCAGUGGCGUUCUACAUCCCCGUGUCCGUCAUGCUCAUUAUGUACUACCGCAUCUACCGCGCCGCCAAGCUCAGCGCCGCCAAACACACCAUCACGGGCUUCCCGCGGGUCGGGGAGGAGGAGGAGGCGCGGGGGGGAGAGGAGGAGGCCAUGGAGGAGCAGGAGGAGGAGGAGGAGAGCGUGGACUGUGUGUCGGCCGCCCUGAAGCUCCACAGGGAGGUGGAGGAGUGCACGCGAUUCUCGCGCCUCAUGAGGAGCAACCGGAGGAACAUGUCCAUCUUCAAGCAGGAGCAGAAGGCAGCGGCCACCCUGGGGAUCGUGGUAGGGGCCUUCAGCGUCUGCUGGAUGCCAUUCUUCCUGCUCUCUACGGCCAGACCCUUCAUCUGCAGGGUGGACUGCCCUAGCUGUGUGCCCUUGUGGGUGGAGAGGACCCUGCUGUGGCUGGGCUACGCCAACUCCCUCCUCAACCCGUUUAUCUACGCCUUCUUCAACAGGGACCUGAGGACCACCUACAGCAACCUGCUGCGUUGCCGCUACCGUAACAUCAACCGCAGGCUGUCUGCCGCCGGGAUGCACCAGGCCCUCAAACUGGUAGAAAAGACUCACUCUGUUAUCUAA